AUGUUGUUUUUCUUUGAUGUCUUCUGGCUUUUCUGCUUUCUACUUGAUGACGAAAUAUCAAAUUCUAACCCUAACGGCCCUUACUCUAGCUCUAACCCUAACGGCCCUUACUCUAGCUCUAACUCUAACGGCCCUUACUCUAACCCUAACGGCCCUUACUCUAGCUCUAACCCUAACGGCCCUUACUCUAACCCUAACUCUAACGGCCCUUACUCUAGCUUUAACUCUAACGGCCCUUACUCUAACCCUAACGGCCCUUACUCUAACCCUAACUCUAACGGCCCUUACUCUAACCCUAACUCUAACGGCCCUUACUCUAACUCUAACCCUAACGGCCCUUACUCUAACCCUAACCCUAACGGCCCUUACUCUAACCCUAACGGCCCUUACUCUAACCCUAACUCUAACGGCCCUUACUCUAACCCUAACGGCCCUUACUCUAACCCUAACCAUAACGGCCCUUACUCUAGCUCUAACUCUAACGGCCCUUACUUUAACCCUAACUCUAACGGCCCUUACUCUAGCUCUAACCCUAACGGCCCUUACUCUAACUCUAACUCUAACGGCCCUUACUCUAACUCUAACUCUAACGGCCCUUACUCUAACUCUAACUCUAACGGCCCUUACUCUAACUCUAACUCUAACGGCCCUUACUCUAACUCUAACUCUAACGGCCCUUACUCUAACUCUAACUCUAACGGCCCUUACUCUAACUCUAACUCUAACGGCCCUUACUCUAACUCUAACUCUAACGGCCCUUACUCUAACUCUAACCCUAACGGCCCUUACUCUAACUCUAACUCUAACGGCCCUUACUCUAACCCUAACCCUAACGGCCCUUACUCUAACCCUAACCCUAACGGCCCUUACUCUAACCCUAACGGCCCUUACUCUAACCCUAACUCUAACGGCCCUUACUCUAACCCUAACGGCCCUUACUCUAACCCUAACCAUAACGGCCCUUACUCUAGCUCUAACUCUAACGGCCCUUACUUUAACCCUAACUCUAACGGCCCUUACUCUAGCUCUAACUCUAACGGCCGUUACUCUAACCCUAACCCUAACGGCCCUUACUCUAGCUCUAACCCUAACGGCCCUUACUCUAGCUCUAACUCUAACGGCCCUUACUCUAACUCUAACUCUAACUCUAACGGCCCUUACUCUAACUCUUACUCUAACUCUAACGGCCCUUACUCUAACUCUAACUCUAACCCUAACGGCCCUUACUCUAACUCUUACUCUAACUCUGACGGCCCUUACUCUAACCCUAAACCUAACGGCCCUUACUCUAACUCUAACUCUAACGGCCCUUACUCUAGCUCUAACUCUAACCCUAACGGCCCUUACUCUAACUCUAACUCUAACGGCCCUUACUCUAACUCUAACUCCAACGGCCCUUACUCUAACUCUAACUCUAACGGCCCUUACUCUAACUCUAACUCUAACGGCCCUUACUCUAGCUCUAACUCUAACCCUAACGGCCCUUACUCUAACUCUAACUCUAACGGCCGUUACUCUAACCCUAACCCUAACGGCCCUUACUCUAACUCUAACUCUAACGGCCCUUACUCUAGCUCUAACUCUAACGGCCCUUACUCUAACCCUAACCCUAACGGCCCUUACUCUAACUCUAACUCUAACGGCCCUUACUCUAACUCUAACCCUAACGGCCCUUACUCUAACUCUAACUCUAACGGCCCUUACUCUAACUCUAACCCUAACGGCCCUUACUCUAACUCUAACCCUAACGGCCCUUACUCUAACUCUAACUCUAACGGCCCUUACUCUAACUCUAACCCUAACGGCCCUUACUCUAACUCUAACUCUAACGGCCCUUACUCUAACUCUAACCCUAACGGCCCUUACUCUAACCCUAACCCUAACGGCCCUUACUCUAACUCUAACUCUAACGGCCCUUACUCUAACUCUAACCCUAACGGCCCUUACUCUAACUCUAACUCUAACGGCCCUUACUCUAACUCUAACCCUAACGGCCCUUACUCUAACUCUAACUCUAACGGCCCUUACUCUAACUCUAACUCCAACGGCCCUUACUCUAACUCUAACUCUAACGGCCCUUACUCUAGCUCUAACUCUAACGGCCCUUACUCUAACCCUAAGCCGUUUUCUAACUCUAACGGCCCUUACUCUAACUCUAACUCUAACCCUAACGGCCCUUACUCUAACUCUUACUCUAACUCUGACGGCCCUUACUCUAACCCUAACGGCCCUUACUCUAACCCUAACCAUAACGGCCCUUACUCUAGCUCUAACUCUAACGGCCCUUACUUUAACCCUAACUCUAACGGCCCUUACUCUAGCUCUAACUCUAACGGCCGUUACUCUAACCCUAACCAUAACGGCCCUUACUCUAGCUCUAACUCUAACGGCCCUUACUCUAGCUCUAAUUCUAACGGCCCUUACUCUAACUCUAACUCUAACUCUAACGGCCCUUACUCUAACUCUUACUCUAACUCUAACGGCCCUUACUCUAACUCUUACUCUAACUCUAACGGCCCUUACUCUAACUCUAACUCUAACUCUAACGGCCCUUACUCUAACUCUAACUCUAACUCUAACGGCCCUUACUCUAACUCUUACUCUAACUCUAACGGCCCCUACUCUAACUCUUACUCUAACUCUGACGGCCCUUACUCUAACCCUAAGCCUAACGGCCCUUACUCUAACUCUAACUCUAACGGCCCUUACUCUAGCUCUAACCCUAACUCUAACGGCCCUUACUCUAACUCUAACUCCAACGGCCCUUACUCUAACUCUAACUCUAACGGCCCUUACUCUAGCUCUAACUCUAACGGCCCUUACUCUAACCCUAAGCCGUUGUGA